AUGGAGGUAGCUAAAUAUUUCGAAGUGUUAGUAAUAAUCGUAUUCUUUUCGACUACGUCAGCACAGUCUCCGAGAAGGAGUGUCUCUCAAGGAGUUGUCGUGGGAAAAACGGUACUAUUCGAUGAGAAUAAAUUCUUAAACAUAACAAAAUACGUCGACGUAUUCCAGGGUAUACCAUACGCUGAGCCACCAGAACGGUUUAGGCCUCCUGUUCUCAAAGCUCCCUGGUCUGGUGAUUACAAUGCAACGGCUUUUAAACCAGCGUGUGCUCAGGCUCCGUCAUUCUACUUUCCAAUUCAACAUGAAGAUUGUCUCUAUCUCAACGUGUAUGCCCCUAAUCCAAAGCCAAAAGGAGCUGCAACAAUGGUGUACAUUCACGGCGGAUCAUUUGCGAGUGGAACCGCCAUGACCUAUGAUUUAUACGGUGUUCCUCUGGUUGCCGUUGGGGAUGUUAUCGUGGUCGUCAUCAACUACCGUGUCGGGGUAUUUGCAACGUUUACUUCCAAAAGCGAUGCAGCUCCAGGCAACAUAGGCAUGUUAGAUCAAGUUGCUGCUUUACAAUGGAUUAAAUCUAAUAUUGAAGAGUUUGGUGGUGAUUCAAACAAAAUAACAAUUUUUGGUGAAAGUGCUGGUUCGGCUUCUGUGAGUUUCCAUCUGCUGUCGAAGCUUAGCCGUGGAUUGUUUCAGCAAGCCAUCAUGCAGAGUGGCACAGCAUUAUCUGGAAGGGCUUUUGAAGAUAACCCCGAAAAAGAGGUGAAAAAUGCCAAGAAGAUAGGACAAGCGUUUGGAUGUAACCUGACACCCCUGUCUGAUCUAGUAGCAUGUUUGCAAGCAAUAGACCCCAAUGAACUUUGGGUUGUAGCAGAUCAGGUGUACGGUCAGUCCUAUCGGGUUAACGUUGAUGGCGCGUUCCUGGAAGACACACCAAUGAAUCUCUACGCAGACGGAGACUUUAAGAAAGCACCAAUUUUGGCCGGAACCACAAGAGACGAGGGUACAUAUGAAAUGUGGCAUAGAUAUUUCUGGCCUUACGCUUCCUCUGAAACACCACCCCCAAUCAACCAGUCCGAAUUGGAGGAAUUCCUUGAAAAUACACUCAUAGCCGAAAACAUUAUAUCCCCGGACAAAAUGGAUAUACUAUUAGAUGCUGUACUCCAUGAAUACACUGACUGGUCUGUUGCAGAUGACCCGAACUCUGAUUACUUUCAGUCUGCAGUGGAUGCAGUAGGGGAUUUCUCCUUUAAAUGCCCUACAGAUGCUAUCAUAAGGGCCCAUGUCUCUGCAGGUGAUACGGUAUAUCAAUAUGUAUUCAACUAUCCAGUUACAACUACGAGCUAUUUCCACGUAGUUGGCGUUCUACCAUUUACCCCAUGGUUAGGUGCAGGACACGCAGAGGAACUCUUCUACGUUUGGGGUGGACCUUACAUCGACCAACUCGACAAUGUCCACGGUCAAAAUGUAACAUACGAUGAGAAGACACUCGCAGUCAACAUGAUGCGAUUCUGGACUAACUUCGCAAAGACAGGCAACCCCAGCCAGUCGGAUGCUGACGUCGCACCCACCGAUGGAGUCUAUGGAUGGCCAGAAUUUACAAACCCAGAGUUACGUCACAAGAUCUUAGAUGUGCAGUUAGGAGAGGGCAGGGCUGACAGGGCGAGUAAAUGCCAAUUCUGGAAUACCUAUUUCCCGAAACUUAAGUUUUCGACACAAUCAGUUGAUGAUUCCCAAAGACAAUGGAGACAUGGAUUUUCAAGCUGGAUGGAGAAGAUGCAAGAAUGGAAAAAGGAAUUUACUUUUUACAAAAGAGGAUGUGCAUAA